AUGGAUUCAUCGUGGAUACCUCCAACACUGGUUUAUAUGCAGCAACAAUUGAUUCGUUAUGUUUGUUCAGCGUGUCUCAUAUUUGGUAUUCCAGGUUGUUUAUUAAACGUUAUACUUUUAUCACAACGACAAGUGCGUGUCACAUCGUGUUGUAAUUUGAUGAGAGAAUUUGAACGAAUCAAGCGAAUUAUAGAUCUCGCAGCUCAACUGUGGACAUAUGAUCAUACUUUAACAUUAGGUGCACUUCUCCAAAAGUGGAUUUGGACAGAUUGGAUAGAAUCUCGAGGGGAUAUCUUUCAUCCUGAAGACACUCAAACUGAGCAACGUUUCAAUGAAGCCAUUAACAAAGCUCAAUUAUUGUCAACAUCUCCUUCAGAACUCACUGAGCUUCAGCAAGACAUCAUUCAGAAAAUUGAAGAACUUUGGCAUCUUGUACCUGAUCAACGUUUUGGACAAUUUCUCUCAAAUUAUGCUUUUGGUCAUUUCAUGAGUCAUCCGCCAAAGAUGAUGCUUCAACAAAAUGAUCAGACUAUUCUUGAAGCAAUGCAAGAAUGUCACAAAGCUUAA